AGGAAGCCUUGACGCAAAGGCGAGGAAGAAAUCUGUACACGGAAGUUAUCCAGGAUCCUGCAUACUCGAGAUUUUUUCCUUCUGUAGACUUUCUCGGUAUAAUUUACUGUUUCCUCUGGCGGUUAGUUUGACCGUAAUGGCGCUUAAUGAUGGGGCAGUCUGUGCGGCAGCCCUGAGGAGAUGAUGUGCAGUUAUCAGCAGACGGUUGAUCGGGUGAAUGGACGCGAGGACUUGAAGUGCUGCUGUUUUGACAGCUGGGUCGAGCUUCCAGUACCUGGUCUGUCUGCCUGACAGAGAACAGACCAGAGCCGAGGUUUAAACCCCAAAGAAGGGUUUAUUUUAUGUAGAGACAAAUUUCCCUGUCAGUGAAGUAGCUUUUAAAGCGCCAUUGAAGGAAAGGCUGAAAGGUGACUUCUCUUCUCACCGGUGCUCUCCUCCCCCCUGACCAGUGGUCAUGGCCUCAUCCCGGCUGAAGUACCUCUCUCUGGGCGUGCUGGUGUUCCAGACCACCUCCCUGGUGCUCACUAUGCGAUACUCCCGCACCCUGCAGGCCGAGGGCCCGCGGUACCUGGCCUCCUCAGCUGUGGUGGUGGCCGAGGUCAUGAAGAUCCUCACCUGUGUGCUGCUCGUCUUCAAGGAGCACAGUUAUAGCCUUCGAGCUCUGAACAGUAUACUGCGUCAGGAAAUUGUCCACAAACCCAUAGAAACACUGAAGCUGGCGAUCCCCUCUGGGAUCUACACGCUGCAGAAUAACCUGCUGUACGUCGCCUUAUCCAACCUGGACGCAGCCACCUACCAGGUGACGUACCAGCUGAAGAUCCUGACCACAGCUCUGUUCUCAGUGUCCAUGCUGGGCCGCAGGCUGGGCGUCUACCAGUGGCUCUCAUUGCUUAUUCUUAUGGCUGGAGUGGCUCUCGUGCAGUGGCCCUCUGAGUCUGCAGCGGCCCCAGAGAAGGAGGCCCUCUCCGCAGGCUCCCAGUUUGUCGGUGUGACAGCGGUUCUAGUGGCGUGCUGCUCCAGCGGGUUCGCUGGUGUCUACUUUGAGAAGAUCCUAAAGGAAAGCAAACAGAGCGUCUGGGUCCGCAACAUCCAGCUAGGGAUGUUUGGCCUGGUGUUUGGCUUCUUUGGGAUGCUGGCCUACGAUGGAGAGAGGGUGGCGGAGUCGGGAAUGUUUCAGGGAUACAGCACGGUCACCUGGACUGUCGUAGCGCUGCAGGCGCUGGGUGGUCUGGUCAUAGCAGCGGUCAUCAAGUAUGCAGACAACAUCCUCAAGGGCUUUGCUACAUCGCUCUCCAUCAUCCUGUCAACUCUUAUAUCGUACUUCUGGCUACAGGACUUCGACCCCACUGGGGUGUUCUUCCUGGGGGCCAUUUUGGUCAUCGUGGCCACUUUCCUGUACGGCUACGAAGGCAAGACAUCCCCCAACCCCAGCAGGGCGUAGUACACUCACGGCUGACACUACAGCAGCAGUAGGAGGUCCUGUGGAAGCGUCAGGAUGUGGAGGAAAAAGAAGGGGAAAGGUCUUUAUCAUAUAUUGAGAUCACUAAGUGGAGGAGACAGAGAAGAGGAGUAGGAGUAGAGGAGGUAAGCAGGUUGGGAACAGAGGACAGGGAGAGUAAAAAGGAAGGUUAAAAAAAAGAGCAACCACAAUGCUGUGAUGGGUCUCAUUACACCAAAAGUGCCUCUGACAAGGGUAACCAGUGAGAGAA